AUGUCACACUCAACUAUUUCCCACGAUGGAGUGUCUCAUCACCCUCUGGGAGCUGGGUCAUACUAUUGUGAAGAUAAUCCCAUUGAAUACCUUGAAACCCUGACUCAACCCGAUCGACCAGCUAUCAAGAUUUUCGUUGGUGCUCAGCCAAACUCAUCAACCCAUAUCGGAAAUAUCAUGAACAUGUGUACAGCUUUUGCCCUUGCCGAAGCACUAACGAAACGAGGAAACAAAGUUACUGUCUCAAUGGAUUUGGUUGACACUGCGCCUACGCCAGAGAAGAGCGUCGUUUAUGAUGGGGUGUCUUAUCAGCGUAGCCUUCGAUUGACGAAGCAUUCUGCUAAGUUUGAGGGAGACUUCUUACGCAUCUUGAAUCGUUUGCAUGAAGUCUCUGGGGUUGACUUUGAGCUCCGGAAGCAGUCAGAGAUCAUGGGAGGCCCAGGAGUUUCCAACAUUUUGCGUGAAAUCAUCGCCAAUCAUGACAAGCUUGGUGCGAUACUGGAACCCCGUUACAAAAAGCUAGGACUUCGAUCCGCCUGUCCCAAGCUAGGCUGCGGUCUGGCCGAUAAACACGGCAUCACGAAUCAAUAUCGAGAAGAUUCAAUCAUAUUCUGCUGGCCUGUUCAUGGAUCUUACACCGUUUCUCUUCUUGAGGAGACUGGUGUAACAGCUCUCGAGUUAAACACGCCACUCCGCAGUCUCGUUCGAAGUCUGAUAUUCAGUAGAGAUACGAGUGUUUCAUGGAUUCAAGUAGAAGGGAGAGACUACGCGGGUUUCUACACGGAGCAGUUAUUGUGGCGUCCCUUGACUGGAACAUGCAUGCCAGUGGUUUUCUACAGCCCGUUGAUUCUUGACUGGUCGGGGCCAAAAUUUCCAAGAGUCUUUAUGUUGUCGAGGAGGCGUAUAAAUCUCUCGACCAGCAAGGUCUCACAUACCUCCUCAGCUAUGCCGAAUAUCAAAAGUCGGGUAGAGAUAUCAAGGAAAUAUACCAAGUUGUCCAGGGAUGGGUCGCGGAACCGAAGAAGCUAUUUCGAGACUAUUCCAUCUUCCAGAUACACUCGGAACUUCAAUCACUAUCCGACUCUGUUGUGUGAAUAG